UAGAGCAGACCGGCAUCCGGCUGUCAUACUCAGUUGGUUCUCAGACUGUGGGUCAGUAUCUCCGUCGUCACUGGACCGUUCAUCAUGUCUGCAGACCCGUGCUCCUUCUCCUCCUUCGCCAGGUGUCUCACCAAACACCUGAACCUCUUCUUCCAUGUGGACUUCGCCAGGCGUGUGAUCCGGGGGAAGGUGGAGCUCACCGUGGAGGCUCUGGAGGACCGCUUUUCGUCUCUGACUUUGGACUCCAGAGACAUGAAGAUUGACUCGGUGAGGGCCAAUGGACAAGCGGCAAGCUUCAGCAUGGGUGCCAAACACAGCUUCAAGGGGACCCCACUAGAGAUCAAGCUGCCCUUUGACCUGUCCAGAGGGCAGCAUGUCAUCGUGGAGGUGACCUACGAGACGUCUCCUUCAGCGACAGCUCUGCAAUGGCUCGCACCUGAACAGACUGCUGGGAAGAAACAGCCCUAUCUCUUCAGCCAGUGCCAGGCUCAUCACUGCAGGAGCAUGGUGCCCUGUCAGGACAGUCCAUCGAUCAAAUUCACUUACUAUGCCCAGGUGUCUGUCCCAAAGGACCUGGUGGCUGUGAUGAGCGCUAUUCGUGAUGGUCAGGAGGUGGAUCCUAAGGACAACGAGCGCAUAAUCUACCACUUCAGACAACCGGUGGCCAUGCCUUCCUACCUGAUAGCCAUUGUGGUGGGAGCACUGGAGAGCAGGGUGAUUGGACCAAGAUCUAGAGUCUGGUCUGAGAAGGAGAUUGUUGAAAAGGCUGCAGCAGAAUUCUCUGAGACGGAGGACAUGCUACAGACUGCUGAACAGCUGGCAGGUCCAUAUGUUUGGGGUCAGUACGACAUCCUGGUUCUGCCUCCAUCUUUUCCUUAUGGAGGGAUGGAGAACCCGUGUCUGACUUUUGCCACACCCACCCUGCUGGCAGGAGACAAAUCUCUGGCAAAUGUCAUCGCCCAUGAGAUCUCCCACAGCUGGACGGGAAAUCUGGUAACCAAUAAGACCUGGGAGCAUUUCUGGCUGAAUGAGGGUCACACUGUCUACCUGGAGCGGAUGAUCGGCAGGUCUAUGGAGAGUGAGCAGUUCAGGCAGUUUAAGGCCAUGGGGGGCUGGAAGGACCUGCAGGAUUCAGUGAACACCUUUGGGGCCAACAACCCUGUGACCAACCUGGUGCCCAGCCUGGAGGAAGUUGACCCAGAUGAGGCUUAUUCCUCGGUGCCCUAUGAGAAGGGCUUCGCUCUGCUGUACCAUCUGGAGGAGCUCAUGGGAGGUCCAGAGGUGUUCAUGGGAUUUGUUAAAUCCUACAUCCAGAUGUUUGCCUACAGCAGUGUCACCACUGAGCAGUGGAAGGACUACCUGUACACCUACUUCAAAGACAAGGUCGACAUCCUCAAUAAGGUGGACUGGAAUGCCUGGAUGUUCACACCCGGGAUGCCUCCUGUCAAACCUCAGUACGACACAACCCUGGCCAAUGCCUGCAUUGCUCUUUGCCAGAGGUGGAUCAAGGCCAAAGACCAGGAUCUGGAUGGUUUCAAAGAGUCCGACAUUAAGGCUCUGUCAUCCCACCAAGUCAUUGAGUUCCUGUCUCUUCUCCUUCAAGAGGAUGCUCUCCCUCUCACUCAUGUGAAGAAGAUGCAGGAGGUUUACAAUCUUGACACUUGUAUGAACUCUGAGAUCCGGUUCAGGUGGUUGCGGUUGUGUGUGCGGUCCAAGUGGGAGGAUGCAGUUCCCAAAGCGCUGCAAAUGGCAACAGAACAAGGCAGGAUGAAGUUCACUCGACCUCUGUUCAGGGAGGUGUAUAACUUUGAAAAGUUCCAUGAUGAGGCUGUCCGUGUCUUUCUUGGCCACCGGGGGGAAUUACACUCCGUCACUGCUGCCCUGGUGGCCAAAGACCUGAAGGUGGGACAAAACCAGAGCACCGGCCAGUAAAACAAGUAUCGAUAAUCAGCAAUGCAUCAAAACUCCUCUCUUCUUGUAUGUUAUUUUUGUGGCAAAUCAAAUUUAGUUUCACCAUUUGUUUCUUUCUGUAAUAAAAUUCUCAUCUCAGGGUGAAGAAGACAUCAGUAUUUUUUUCUCUGAAUAAAGCAUACUGCAUUUUU